AUGUCAGGCAGCCAAUCAGAGUCAGAAUCCUCCAGAUACUCAAACUCUCCGGUCACAGAACGCAGCCUACACAAAAUGCUACAGAAACUGCAAGCCACGAUCACGGUAGACUUCCACUGCAUCGAUGGCGACAUAAGGAAGGAGAUUUCCAAUCUGGGCGAAAGAACAAGUCACUUAGAAAAUAGAACGGAAGAAUUAUGCGCUGUACAUAAUGAGUGCAGAAUUUGGCUGAGGAAAAUUGAUUCCUUGAAGCUCAAAUUGGCAGACAUGGAGGACAGGUCGAGGAGACAGAAUGUCCGCUUCCGUGGUAUCCCUGACAAUGUGUCCCAUGACACACUUCCAGCCUACACUCUCUCCAUACACAAAGGCCUUGGAGAUUGUUGA